CAUUCCACGGCGUGUUUGAACAGGCCAGGGCUGUAAAACGAAAAUGCAAACUUUUUGCAUCACGCGGCAUUUUAGUUCAGCUUCGAAGCACUAUUACUGAUAGGGAGGCUCUCUGUAGCUGUCUGGGGAAACAUUCCUUCUCUGGGGCUGCUUCUGCUUCUCUGCAGUACACGCUUUCGUCAGCCUUGUUUUAAAGUCGACUCUCUUCACCCUUCUUGCAGUCAGUCACACGCUGUCAGAAAGCCGCCCACUGCAGUGACACAUGGCAUGUCUCACUGGCUGCCUUCUAGCUAUGUCCAUCCUGUGUGUCUCAGUGUCAGUGUCUCUCUCUCUCUCUCUCUCUCUCUCUCUCCCUCUCUCCCUCCUGUCAUCCUUCCUGCUCUGCGCAGUAGCUCUGGUGCCUGCUUAGUGUUUAGUUCCCACAUGGCCUUCCCAGGCUCCUACACCGUGGCCAUUAUCCCACAGCAGAGCGCCUUUCAGCACCUGGACUCCCUGCACUUUUUCCUCUGGCUGAAGAGACUGAAGGAGCUGGAACGCGAGAAGGACUGCCUUUGGGCCGGGCUGGAGACUCUGGAGCAGGCCCGGAUGUGGUAUCAUCAACAACUGGAGGAGAAUCGAGAGCGACAUGAUGGACCUGAGCCCUGGACUGAAUAUCUGGAAACUCCGUCUAGAGACUGUCUGAUUAGGUCUCGCAUCCAGAGAGUGAAUGGCCGUUUGGGGAAUCUGAUGUUUGAUCCCAAUACAGCGAGAAUCCUGCCAUGCCUAGAAGAAGGAGAGAACUCUGAUUCCAGCCUUCAAUGGCAGAACACUGUUCUGAUACAGGAAGUGAGUCGGAAGAGCCAGAAAAUCUCCACGCUGGAGCGGGAGAGGGACGGGCUCCUUGAGAAGCUCCAGGAACUGCAUCGUGUGUGAGUCGGGGAAGCCAUUGUGUUCCGACAGCAGUCACACUACGGAAAAAUGACAUUACAAGUUACAGAAUCUUUACAGAUGUAGGACAGGCAUCUCACUGAUCUGUCCCCAUUUUUACUUGUAUAUUUUUUAUAUUCCACUGUAGAUACGUACAGUAGUUAUUUAUAUAAU